AUGAUGGACACCCUCACCCUUCUUACCUUGGUCAAGGGACUUCCCUUGUUGGCUUUGGGUGUGGCGGCGGGAGCGACAUAUCCUCCGAUUCCCGCCGACCUGACCACACCCGUCCAGCACCGCAUCGCCAUCAACAGCCCGACGUCCGUCCGCAUUGCCUGGAACACCUACAAGCAGCUCAGCCAGCCGUGCGUCCAAUACGGCACAUCGCCAUCCUCCCUGGGCUCCCAAUCCUGCUCUACGUCGUCCAUCACCUACCCGACAUCGCGCACAUGGGCCAACGUGGUCACCAUUAACAACCUCACACCCGCCACCACGUACUACUACAAGAUCGUCUCUACCAACUCCACGGUCGAGACCUUUACCAGCCCGCGCCUACCGGGCGACAAGACGCCUUUCAACAUCAGCAUCGUCAUCGACCUUGGUGUCUAUGGCAAAGACGGAUUCACGAUUGAGCAGGAUCAGAGCAAGCGAGACCUGAUCCCCUCCAUCGAUCCGUCGCUCAACCACACCACCAUCGGCCGGCUGCGCGACAACAUCGACAAGUACGACUUCAUCGUGCACCCGGGUGACAUUGGCUACGCCGACGACUGGAUCCUCAAAGCGCACAACUGGCUCGACGGCAAGGACGGCUAUCAAGCCAUCACCGAAACCUUCUUUGACCAGCUGGCGCCCAUCGCCGCGCGGAAACCCUACAUGGCCAGCCCCGGUAACCACGAAGCUGCGUGCCAAGAGGUACCCAGAACCAGCGGCUUGUGCCCGUCGGGUCAAAAGAAUUUCACCGACUUCAUCAACCGCUUCGGUCUCGUCCUGCCGACCGCUUUCAGCUCUACGUCGCCCGACUCCGCAGCAAAGGUCAACGCCAACAAGGCUCGCAUCCUCGCCAACCCGCCCUUCUGGUACUCGUUCGAGUACGGCAUGGCGCACAUCGUCAUGAUCGACACGGAAACCGACUUUGAAGACGCGCCCGACCAACCGGGGGGAUCGGCGAAUCUCAACGGGGGUCCCUUUGGCUCGUACCUCCGCCAGCAGCUGGACUUUUUGGAGGCUGACCUUGCCUCGGUCGACAGGUCCGUUACGCCCUGGGUUGUGGUAGCGGGUCACAGGCCGUGGUACACCACGGGCUCGGGCGACGAUUGCCAGCCGUGCAAAAAGGCGUUUGAACCGCUGUUUUACAAGUAUGGAGUUGACUUGGGCGUGUUUGGGCAUGUGCAUAACAGCCAGAGGUUUGCGCCGGUGGUGAAUGAUACCGCGGACCCGGCGGGCAUGGAGAAUCCCAAGGCGCCCAUGUAUAUCGUGGCGGGCGGCGCGGGAAAUGUGGAAGGGCUGACCAAGGUUGGAAAGAAUGUGUCGACGAAUCUGUUCGCGUAUGAUGACGCGUUCAGCUAUGCGACGGUGAAUUUCUUGGAUGAGCAGCGGAUGCAGGUGGACUUUAUCAACAGCGAGACGGGUGCGAUUUUGGAUCGGUCGGUGCUGUUUAAGAAGCAUGAUCAAAAGUUUGUUGUGCAGUGAGUUGGUUGGUUGGUUGGUCGGCUGUCUGUCAAGUCCUGUUUGUUCGGUAUCGCGUUUAUCCGGUUAGGUAGACUUUGCAGAAUUUGGGUCGCAGUAACCUCAAGCAUACCUAUCUAU